UUCCUCCCAAAGAAAAGAAGCCCGCUGGGGCGUGAGCGGGACGGGCUGGCGUCUUGUUUUUGAGCCAUGGGGUUCUCAGAGCCCCGCGCAUGGCUCUCUACGAGCAUCUAAGCAUCCUCCGGCUGCGCCUCCCAGGAUUGAGGGCGGUGGCCACUCCGGGGUCCCCACGCCUCGCGCUGGGGGCCUGCCUCACCGUCUUCCCCACCCCCCUGGUUCCCGCAGCCAAUGGCUCCUCGUUGCCGGCCCUCCGCUCGCCGGGCAGGCGGGGACUGGGGAGAAUAAAGCAGGCAGAGGGGGGAACGCUGGUGAUCGCGGAGGCCCAGAGGCACGCCCUGGGACAGGCGUAUGCAGCCCCCCAGAGAGAAAGCAAACCCCGAAAAUGUGGCUUCAGGGACGAAAUUUACGAGAGCCUCUCCCAACCGGGGCGCCUCCCGCGGGGAACGGAGAUCCUCUCGCCUCCCCAGGCUCCCUAUUCCCCGGUACCGCUGCGCCCGCUCCCCGAGCCAGCCGGGGUCUAGCUGCAGUCGGCAAGCCAGAGCGGUCGCGGCGCCGGGCCCCUGGGCACCGAAGAAACCUCAGCUGGUGCACCGCUUCUCCUUCCACCCGGUGACUUGGGGGAGGGGAGGGCACGCUGCAGAAUUGGGGACACUUCUCUCUCUCCCCCAGCCCCUUGGGCGCUUAGCCUCAGACUCCGUUUACUUUGCGGGGCACGAAGGUGGGGCCCAGUUCCUGGCUGCUCUCUGCUCCACUUACGGCGACAAUGCCUCCUAGCGCCCUGCGCAGCGCAGUCACGCUCCCUCGGCCGCCGGCGGCGCCCCAUGCAACAGCAGCUCGCGGGAGCCGGCCGGGAGGGGCGCGAAGGGCUGCGGGUUCUGAGCGCGCUGCUGCGGGGCCAGUCGCUGGGCUAGGAACGGCGCGGGGGCGGGAGCAUGCCGCCGAGUGCAGCCAAUCAGCGCGCGGGUCCCCACGCCGCUCCCGGGAAAGGCGCGCCCGGAAAAGCUGCCCGCGCGCUCUCGUCCGCAGGGUGGAUCCGCUUUGUAUUCGACUUCUGGAGGGAAAAAGCUUAGCGGGGCGGGAGUGUAGACGGGAAUGUGCAACAGAUCCAGGAUCAAUAGGAUUGAGCCUCCAGGUUUGUUUUUCUCAAGGUAGGGGAGUUGAAUUAGCCAGAUCAGGGGGACUUUGGGAAGCGUGAAGGUGGGGACUAGAGAGCUUUUCCCGUGAUGCCUUCAAGGCGGCCGUUCUGUUUUCAGAGGCAAUAAUUCUGGUGACACGAAAUUACUCUACGUCUCCAAAUCCCAGUGUUGUUUCCUAUUAAGAUAGGGGUUAAAUGUAUAAAUACCUACUUCACGGGGUCAUUGUGAGGAUUGCUACAUGGAAAGUUACGUGCAGUGCCCAGCAUGACGGGUCAGGGGAGGGGAGCUGCUUCUCAGGCCUAAAUUUUCAGAGGAUUCCCCAUAGACUUUUUUUGGUCCUUCAAAUUAGUGAAGUUUUUUCAGUUUUAUUGAGGUAUAGUUGAUUUACAAUGUUGCAUUUAAUUUCUGCUCUACAGCAGAGUGACUCAGUAAUACACAAUAUAUAUUCUUUUUCAUAUUCUUUCCCAUUAUGGUUUAAUGGACCAUAUUGAAUAUAGUUCCCUGUACUAUACAGUAGGGCCUUGUUGUUUUUCCUCCCUGUAGACUCUUUACUAGGCUCUGUGAGGAACAGGAAAGAGAUGAGGCCCCCACUCAACCAGCAAUGACAGUCAGUGAGUCAAGUGUUCUGAUAAACAGAAGCAUGUAUUAAGUAUGUGUGAGUCCUAAAGAAAGAACAUUUAAUUCCACCCCUGGGGAUUGGAGCAGUCAGAGAAGAAACCCACAUUUGCCUGGGUCUUGAUGGAUGUUAUGGGUUAAUUUAUGUCUCUCCCUUCCACCAAAAAAAAAAAAAAAAAAGGUAUGUUAAAGACUUAACCCCCAUACACAUCCCCAGAAAAUGAUCUUAUUUGGAAACAAGUUCAUUGCAGAUAUAAUUAGUUAAGAUGAAGUCAUACUGGCAUAGGAUGUGACUGGUGUUCUUGUAAGAAGAGAAGAGUUACACAGGCACACGGGGAAAGUCCAUAUGAAGAUGGAGGCGGAGUCUGCAAA